CACAUCUUCUUUCCUUUUCCUAGUGCGGCACUCACGGAGGCGUGGAAACGGGUGAAAUGAGACAGAUUCUACCUUCCCGGGAGCAGAACUCUGGAAGGGAAAGGCUGCUGAGCUUCGCCAGACCUUCAUCCAAUGAUUCGAUUUCUUGUAUCUUCAUCGCGAGAUUGGUGACUCUGGCAAGGAAGCUGGAGGACACCGAAUUCAUUGCAUCCUUGAAAGAGAUAAAAUUUCUGCUUAACCAAAAAAGUGCCCCUCUGUAAUCAGGAAAAGAAAACGAAAUGGUUGGUGAAUCUAGCAGAUGUCGUAACCUGGAGAGUAUGGUACAAGACAUACAAGCAAAACUAUGCAAGCUAUCAUUAGAACUUUUAUCAGAUAUCACAGACAACUUCUCAGAUGAGCGAGAGAUUGGCAGAGGUGGUUUUGGAGUGGUUUAUAAGGGAGUGCUCGAAAAUGCGGAUGUAGUUGCUGUGAAGAAGCUUGUGUCCAUGCCAGGAGUUAAUGAUGUACAAUUUGAGAACGAGGUUUAUCAUCUUAUGAUGCUUAAGCACAAAAAUAUAGUUCGUUUUCUAGGAUACUGCUUUGAAACACGACAUCUAUGCAUACUGCAUAACGGGAGAUAUUGUUUUGCGGAGAUGCCAGAAAAGUUGCUUUGCUUGGAAUAUCUGCCAAAUGGAAGCCUUGACAGACAUAUUUCAGAUGAAUCUUGUGGACUUGAUUGGCACAAGCGUUACGGAAUAAUUAGGGGCAUCUGUUCUGGUUUACAUUACCUUCAUGAGGAAAGCCAAACAAAUACUCCGAUAAUACACUUGGAUCUAAAGCCUGGCAAUAUAUUGCUAACAAAUGAGAUGGUGCCGAGAAUUGCGGAUUUUGGUCUCUCCAGGCUCUUUGGUGAACAACAAUCUCAUAUUUAUGCUACGAAUACGGGUGGAUCAUUUGGUUACAUGGCACCAGAAUACUUGCACAAAGGAAUAAUAACAAAGAAGUCAGACAUAUUCAGCUUGGGAGUAAUAGUCAUAGAAAUAAUCACUGGACGCAGAGACACCCCUGAUAGUACUGGGUUGUCUAUGCCGGAUUUCAUUGAGAAUGUGCUUGAAAAGUGGAGGAAUCGCUUGGAAGACUCAAGGUGCACAUCACUGGAAAAGAGUUGCCAGCAAAUAAGAAGAUGCAUUGAAAUGGGUCUAAACUGUGUGCAAUUUGAUGAGACUAACAGACCCACAGUAAAAGAAAUUAUCGAUAGUCUUAAAAGGCAGGAUGAUAUGAAUUUACAUGUUAUCAAUGAGGAAAAGUUACCGGCAGACCAGGUAGAACAACUUGCACGAGCACCGCAGGAGAGCCUGAAUGCCGGAUCUCCUCCUCGACAGAAUGUUCCUGAUGAGAAUGUACCUCAUCGACGGACUUGUGCUGGAUGCGAUGACCCAAUUGGCCAUGGCCGUUUCCUUAGUUGUAUGGGUUCAGUUUGGCAUCCUGAGUGCUUCAGAUGUUUUGCUUGCAUCAAGCCCAUAUCCGAGUAUGAGUUUUCUAUGCGCAAAGAUCAGCCCUACCACAGAUCCUGCUACAAAGAGUGUUUUCAUCCAAAAUGCGAUGUUUGUGACAACUUUAUUCCAACAAAUAGACAUGGCCUCAUUGAAUACCGAGCACAUCCUUUCUGGAUGCAGAAGUACUGUCCUUCACAUGAAGAUGAUGGCACUCCUAGGUGCUGCAGUUGUGAAAGAAUGGAGGUGUUGCCUAGAGUGAUCGAGUACGCAACAUUAGAUGAUGGGAGGAAACUCUGCUUUGAAUGCCGCCUCAAUUCAAUAAUGGAUACUCCAGAAUGUCAACACGUUUGUAUGGACAUUCAAGAAUUUUUUGAAGGUUUGAACAUGAAAGUAGAACAGCAAAUUCCAUCACUUUUGGUUGAGAGACAGGCUCUGAAUGAAGCAUUGGAAGCUGAGAAAAAUUCUGCUUUGUUUAAGGGGCACCACCUACCCGAAACCAGAGGUCUAUGUCUUUCUGAAGAGCAAAUUGUCAGAACGAUCUUAAAAAGACCACAGAUCGGGCGAGGAAACAGAAUCCUAGAUGUGAUUACAGGACCAUACAAGCUGUCUCGGCAGUGUGAAGUGACUGCGAUCCUUAUAUUAUAUGGUCUACCAAGGUUACUAACUGGAUCCAUUCUUGCCCACGAGAUGAUGCAUGCAUAUCUUCGUCUCAAAGGUUUCCGAAAUCUUAGUAUUGAGGUUGAAGAGGGCAUCUGCCAAGUUCUGUCCCACCUGUGGCUAGAGUCAGAAAUCAUCGCUGGUUCCAGUAGCAACGUCGCAUCGUCAUCUUCAGCACCUACCUUCAAGAAGGGCACGAUGACCGAAUUUGAGAAGAAGCUCGGAGCAUUCUUCAAGAACCAGAUCGAGACGGAUUCUUCCGAGGUAUAUGGAGGUGGGUUCAGAGCUGGCUACCUGGCUGUCCAGCGCUAUGGCUUGAGGACGACCCUUGAUCAAAUGAAGCUGACAGGGUCUUUCCCCUGUUGAAGCAACUGAAGUAAAGCAGUGCCAUUCUUCGACUUGCGAGGAGGCUGCACAUGGGCGGUUUUUUUGGUUUCAAACUUUCAAUUAUAUACAUAUACAUACCAAAGGAGGGAAAUAUGUUUGUUGUGAACUAGUACUUGAUUGCAAAGUUAUUGUUUUUCUCAUAGGGUAAAUAAUACAUGUAGGUCUUCAGAUAGGGAAAUCUCUACUUUUUCUCGUCAGUGUUGACACAUACUUGAAAAGAUCAAGCGCUGAGGAACUCUGUCUAUGCUCCGUUCUGCAUGUCAACCGAACUUUGUUACCUCAGAUUAUGAAAGGAUAAGUUCACUCUUCA